UCGUAGUGGGGUUUGGUUCAUUGUCUAGACCCCUGUCGCCUGCAGGGUUAGUCUCAGCCACAUGCCACAUGCCUGUGGCGUAUGCCGCGGGAGUGUGCGGCAAGAUCAGUGGCUGUUGAGCCGAUGACAUGCUCGGCGACUUUUGCGAUGGAUUGCUAAUCACCUUCAAUUCACCACCACCACACAUACAGCCAGCAUGUCUUCAGGUAAGCUUCUGGGCUAGACGAUGGUAUGCAUGCGACGCAGAAGGGCUAAUUGAUGGGAUUGUAGCACCACCGACCGCCGCCAACAUGGGCUCAGACCUCAAGGACACCGCUGCGCCGGCGAAAGUCAAGCCAUGCUGUGUCUGCACCGAUCAAAAGGCCAAGCGCGACGAAUGCAUGCUCUUCUCCACAUCGAACGACCCCCAAAAAGAGUGCUUCACUCUAGUCGACGAUUACAAGAGAUGUAUGGCUGGAUAUGGCUUCAAGAUAUAACACAUUGGGCAACGUUAGUGUAUACGACAUGUACAACACAAAUGCAUAUGGGUGGCGUUGCGCACUAGAGGCUUUUCUGUAUUCGCUGUACAAUAUU